AUGACAUCUGUUUUUGAAUCAUCUUCAUCUGACAAAGUCCUAUCGUUUGCAUGGAAAGAUAAUCGUUUUGGAGCGUAUAAUCUUAUUUGGCUCGAUAGUUUAAUCAAUUCUCCAAAAUAUAUAGAUAAACAAAAAGAACUUCAACUAUCGAUCAACUAUUUACAAACAUUCGACGAAGUUGAUAAAUGUAUAAAGUAUAUUCAAUCAGUGUCUUCACAACAUCGAUUUAUAGUAAUUGUCAAUGAUGACUUUUGUCAACAAUUAAUACCUGAAGUUCAUGGUCUGCCACAAGUCUUUUCGAUUUACCUAUAUGGCGAAUAUAAACAGUAUGAUUAUCAACGGUAUAAACUGUAUAGCAAGCUAAAAUAUGGUUAUAAUCAGUUUGAUGAUGUAAUCAGUAGAAUACGAUUUGAUCGAUCCAGAAGAAUUGAAGAUAGACGCGAUCAACCAAUGUUAAUCAGUAUUUGCAACUCAAAUAAUAAUCAUGAACAAUCCACAACUGAAAUCGAUGGUCAAUUUGUACAAUCACAAUUAUUAAUUGCUUCGCUUCUUAAAAUGCAAACGACUUCAACAGAUAAAAAAGAGUUUAUCUAUAAAUGUCGAGAACUCUAUAAAGAUGAUAAAACACAACUACAUUUCGUUGAUGAAUUCGAACACGAUUAUUCGUCAAACUUUUCAUUGUGGUGGUAUACAAGAGAAACAUUUCUCUAUCGUUUAUUAAAUAAAGCACUUCGUGUUCAGGAUAUUGAUCUACUCUUUUAUUUCGGUUUUUUUAUUCGUGAUCUUGAAAAACAACUUCGACAACUUCAACAUUCAUCGCCCAUUCAUGUCUAUCGAGCUCAACUAAUGUCUAUUGAAGAAUUAAAUUUAUUGAAAGAUUCAAAAAAUAAAUUGAUUUCAAUGAAUUCAUUUCUAUCGACAACCCGUAAUUGUAAAUUAGCUCUUAUCUAUUUCGAUUCAUCUACUAGUGAUGAUAAAUUUCAAAGAGUUUUAUUCGAUAUUGAUGCUGAUCCUCGUCAAGACAGUAUUAAACCAUUUGCUGAUAUUUCAAAAAUUAGUGUGUUUCAGCAAGAAGAAGAAAUAUUAAUAAUGUUAGGAUCCAUUUUUCGUCUGAAAAAUAUCUAUUGUGACAAUAAUAAAAUAUGGCAUAUUGAAAUGAAUUUAUGUAGUGAUAAUCAAUGCGAACUACAAACGAUCUUUUCGCACAUGACAAAUCAAUAUGAUUCGAGUAGCACUAAAUUAACUUUGUUUGGAAAUGUUCUUAUUGAUAUGGCUCAUUUUAAUUAUGCUGAGAAAUAUUUGUGUCGAUUAUUAAAACAAAUAUCGUCUGAACAUAAAGACACUUAUAAAUGUUAUCAUGCACUUGGAAAAGUUUCAUUUGAAAAAGGAGAGUAUGAUACAAGUUUAAUUUAUCUUUUUAAAUCGCUUGAAAUUCUACAGAAAAGACAAUCAAAUGGUUCUAGACUUGCAUACAUCCAUAAUAGUAUUGGUGAAGUCUAUCAAAAGAAAGGUAAAAUCAAAGAAGCACUGCAAUCAUACGAAAAAGCAUUAGAAAUUUUCAAGCAAACAUUUGCAGAUGAUCAUGAAAAUCUAGCUUGGUGUUAUAACAAUAUAGGUAUCAUCUACUUAGAAGAGAAAAACUUUUCCGAAGCAUUACAAUAUCUUAAGAAAGCUUUAAAAAUUAAACAGAGAAUACUUCCUGAUGGACAUCCGUGUUUGGGUAAUACAUACAAUAAUCUUGGUAAUGUACAUUAUUUUCGUCAUGAAUAUGGACAAGCAUUAGAAAAAUAUCAAUUAUCGUAUGAAAUUUUCAAAAAAUCUCUUACUCCUCGACACCCUUCAAUUGCAAAAGCACUUAAAAAUAUCGGUGUUGUUUAUGAAGUUACGAGGGAUUUUACUGAAGCUAAAAUGCAUUAUGAAAAAGCACUUCAUAUUCGUAAACAAGUUUUCAAACCAGAACAUCCUGAUUUAAUUGAAAUUAACAAAGAUAUCAAACGUGUAUCAUUAAAUAUACAAUGA